AUGGACCAAGACGCCGAGUCUUACCUCAAGCGGGUGUCCAAAAUGCAACACCAACACUUCAGCAAGGGUUUUGCGUCAGUCAAACGAAUCUCUUCUGGUGUUGGGCAAUUAUCAUCUGUUGAUAAAGAAUUUAACACUUUACAUUUAGCGUACCAUCGGACUACAAACAUUUUACCGAUUAAAAAGAAACGCUAUCGCUUGAUUAAUGAUGACGAUAAUGGUUCGGAUGAUAAACCGAUUCCAUCUUUCGAUGUCCCACCCGCUCUUUUAAUGAAUGAAAACGCGAUCCGAUCUCACCUGGUUGAUCCGGCUGUAACUUUUCUUGCUAUGGAAAAUCCACGCGAUGCAGUCCCGUGCCGCGCUCCCGCUUUCAGGGCCACACAGAAGCCUGCUAGCCUCAUCGAUAAGUGGUUCCCCGGCAUCACCCUCAAGGAAGCCACCGUGGAGGUCAGCUACGCCCCUUCGGCGGAGUUCGUCCAGGAAACAAUCACGCGGGUGACUGGGGCUCGCGAGCAGAUGAUUCUGCUGCGCAGUGGCGUCGAGGACUUGGAGACGCUUUUGCGUGAAUUACCCUCUUCGCGGAGAACCCAAUCGAUACGACACCCACCAGGGAGCACGGAAGAGGGGGGGAUUAAGAUUGACUUGGAGAUAAUGAAUCGAAUAAAACAUAAGGAGCUUGCUUCGAUCACCGAAGUGCUAGCACAGUUUGCAUAUGAGCCUUAUCAACGACCUGACUUGGUGAAGAAGCAGAUAAAGCACCUGAUGCAUCGCAAGAAUAAUUUUGCCAUCCCUAAUUCCUUUGACACUAAACGAAUACAAGAGUUUUUGGAUCUGAAAGGCCCUGAGACUGGUAAUCUACCUACACUUUCACAUUUUAUUUGGCUGAGUAGUGUUAACACAACAGCGUUAUUUACAAUUCUCACGCAACGCUUCUUGCGUCGUAUACGUAUACAUACUUCCUCAGCAAAAGAUGCAUUAGGUGAUAUAGUUUCCCAUGUCUCUGGUACUGAGAGUCCUUCCAAAAAUGGUGAUGACGAUGACGCCAAGAAACUUGAUGGUACGAAAAGCAAUCUGUCAUGCUGCAAGAAGGCUAACAUGACGGAGAUGGUGAAUGUUUCUCCCGAACGUGUUGGAGAUCAGGUCACGAUUAACACCACCGGUACCAGACUCACACAAAGUCAGGAACAACUGUUAGGCUUUUUUCGCACACUCAUGCCAAUAUGGGGGCCACCGCCGGAAAAACCUACCGCGAGGCUGGCGGACGGGGAGACCUCCGCUCCGCGCCUGAUUUUUUCCGGCUAUGGGGUGUGGCUGCUCGCCUGUUUGGUAGCACUCGACACCCCACUGGACCCGGAUACGGAUCGCCUUGUUCACAGUUGGUUUCGUACAAGCUGUGAACAGGUCCGGGUCCUAGGGGAGUGGAAAGGAGUUCACGGGGAGCAGCGUGGCGCGCUUCUUGAGGCACUUCAAAAGAGCGAUGCCAUAUUUGGACCAAAUGCGAAAUACAAAACAUACACACGAAUUGAAGAUAUAGGUUCGGAGGAGCUUCGUGCGCUAUACACAGUUGUCGUUAUUCUUGCUAAGUUUUUUCGCCAAAAUCAAAACCGUUUUAUUCCUCUAUGA